AUGAACGGGUUAAGUUUCAGUGAACUCUGUUGCCUGUUUUGUUGUCCGCCAUGCCCAGGGAAAAUCGCGGCUAAGCUAGCAUUCCUUCCUCCUGAACCCACGUAUGCGUUCACGCCCGAUGAGACUGGAUCAAAAUUUUCAUUAACCCUUACUGAACGAGCAGAAUGGCAGUACUCUGAGCGAGAAAAGGAAAACAUAGAAGGCUUCUAUUCGAGAACUUCAAGAGGCAAUAGGAUAGCUUGCCUCUUUGUUCGAUGUAGCCCCAACGCUCGGUUUACAAUACUGUUCUCGCACGGAAAUGCUGUAGAUCUUGGACAAAUGAGUAGUUUUUAUCUAGGUUUAGGUACUAGAAUAAAUUGCAAUAUAUUCAGUUAUGACUAUUCUGGUUAUGGUGUGAGUGGUGGCAAGCCAUCAGAAAAAAAUCUUUAUGCUGAUAUUGAUGCUGCGUGGCAAGCGUUAAGGACUCGAUAUGGGAUUAGCCCAGAAAAUAUAAUAUUGUAUGGGCAAAGUAUUGGUACUGUACCCACAGUUGACCUAGCAGCCCGCUACGAGGUUGGAGCGGUGGUUCUACAUUCACCACUAAUGUCUGGAAUGCGUGUCGCUUUUCCCAAUACUAAAAGAACAUGGUUUUUUGAUGCCUUCCCAAGUAUUGAUAAAAUUCCAAAAGUAACUUCUCCAGUUCUCGUGAUUCAUGGAACUGAAGAUGAGGUUAUAGAUUUCUCCCACGGACUCGCCAUAUAUGAACGAUGCCCACGUGCUGUGGAACCAUUAUGGGUAGAGGGUGCAGACUGCCGGCCACAGGCCAGACUAUACAAGGUGAAGAUCAGAAUCCCGCAUCCACCCUUAGCUCGGGCACGUCGAUUAGCCAAGAGCGACACGCCCGCAAGCCCGCGCCGCGCCGAGCGCCCGACCGACGAGCCCGCGCCGCCCCCCGCGCCCUCACUCACCCCUGCGCACACCCCGGCGCACGUCUCCGCGCCUGCGCCCGCGCCCCUGUCCGCUCCCGCCAUAAGCGUCACCGACGCCGACUCGCCCGCAGGCGCGCGCCGACGCGUACACCUGCGCUCCCUAAGCGACGUAACGCCCGCCGCGCGCUCGCCGGCCACCCGUGCGCGCUCGCAUUCGGAACGCCCGCGGGUCUCGCCCACGCCCUCCCCGUCGCCCUCGCCGCGCCGCCCGCCUGCGCCGCACGCGCUGCGGCCGCGCGCCGUGCGCAGCGAGCGCUCGUCGCCGGACGCGUCGCUGCACGCGCUGGCCGACGCCGACCCGUGGCGCAAGAUGAGCGAAGCGGAGCUGCGCCCGAGCCCGGGGCGCGCGCGCAGCUCGCUGGAGGCGCCCGACCCGUGGGUGCGCAAGGGACGGCGGCGCGGGCGGCUGGAGCGCGCGGCGGGCGUGGCAUGCGGAGAGUGCGCGCGCGGCUGCACGUGCUCGCCGGCGCGCGCGCCCGCGCGGCCACCGCUGCGCGCGCACUCGCACGACGAGGGCCGCCCACGCCGCCUGCACAAGUCGGCCUCCCAGCGCCUGCUGUCUGUAGACGCCCCCGACCCGCUGCUCGAGACCACGUGC